AUGGGGAAAAAAGCGCUUAUUAAAAAGAAAAAACCUAGCACAAAUCAUGUUUCGGAGAAUGGGCUGGAUAAUUCAGUGAAGUCCAAAGAAUUGGAAGUAAAGAAGAAAGCCCAGAGUAACGGAAACACAUCGAUCGACUUUCCUCCACCGACACAUGGACCAGAAUCCAUUGAAUCUAAACAUGAGCGUGGGAGCUCUUCGAGCACAAAGCAGCGAGCCUUACCUACAGUACGUCGUCACUCACCUGCAACACAUCCUUGCUUUCAAGAUUAUGAAGAACAUAUGGCCCAUCAGCCAAACGUCCCUCGCUUGCAGAAAGCGCAGUUCAUUUCUUUUGACUCCAUGAGGGACUGGCGUGAGUCAGUGCUCGAUGACUACAAUACCUUCACUGAGAAUAGUUUGAGGUGGGGCGUAAAUGAAUUGAAGAUUGGACGAAUUCCAGAUGAUCAGUCACAGAGUCGAAAUGGUGUUGGAUCUGGAAAGUGUCUUCAAACUAUCAAUCAUUACGGCACUGUAUUCUAUUUGAAUAUUUACGAAGAGGAGAUGAUGGCGGCGUGUCUUACAUUAGUCGAAUUGAGCCAGCCUUACAAAGAGAAAUAUUUGAAUAUUUCAUCAGAACACGAUCAAGAUUUGGUCUUAUCAACGGAACAAGAAUUGGAUGCAUGUUUUACAUUGAUUGGAUUCAAAAAAGAGCGUUGCUUCUUUGCUUCGGAUGAAAGCGUAGACCUGUAUGGUAAAGCCAGAAAGUUGCGGGGGUUUCAACGCGGAUUUUGUGAGUUUAUCUCUGGAUGUAUUUGUGACACAAUAACUUAUAGUCUUCUAGUCGAACAUACAUGCGAACAGCACUCUACGAGUAAUCCGAAAGCAAAGGAGAUCGUCAUAUCUGACACUUAG